AUGUCUAUGAUUUCGACAAGAGAUUAUUUGUGGGGUUAUGUCUUUGCAUUUUCAAUAAUUGUAAUUAUUUUGUUUAUCAAUGAUUUGAAUCGAAAUGAACCGCUUUAGGUAUGCAAGCCCAAUAUUGAUCGAGAAUGAGUACACUUUAACAACCGAAAAAAAUGUCAGAUUAUAUGACGGAGAUCAGAAGACUGCUUUUGAAGGUGGUGAACUUAUUAUAACAUCUCACAGAAUACUUUGGGGAAAACCUGGUGCUAUAGCUACAGGUCAAACAUGUCUGGUACUGAGUUUGAGUUUGGUAGUUUAUAUGGAGGAGGAAUCCCCAGGCGCAUUCAGCUUUAGCAAUUCAAGAAAAAUUGUUCUGUUUCUCUCAGAAAAUGUAGAUGAUCAGUCUUAUGGACCUCAACAAACAAGCGUAUACAAUUUCAUUAAGUUGUCUUUUAGAGAUGGUUAUCAGCAUAAUGUUCUUGAAACUCUGAACCAUGCCUUGCAACAAAGGGCAUGGGAAACCAAAAUAUCUUCUAAACAAAUAGGGGCAUCCUCAGGCAAUAGAAGCACUCCUAUGAUCAAACUAAGGACUGGUAUUGUAGGCAUAGAAAGAAAUUUGCAAGAAAAACAAAAAGCUGCUGAUGAGAGUAUCACCGUAGCAUUUCAAGAUUUAAGUAAGCUUAUGACAAUGGCCAAAGAUAUGGUCAAGCUGUCACAAACAAUAUCUACUAAAAUUAAGGAAAAACAGGGUGAUAUAACAGACGAUGAUACUGUUAAAUUCAAAUCCUAUCUGCUGAGUUUGGGUAUUGAUGAUCCAGUCACCAGAGAUUCUUACAAAUCAAAUACACAGUAUUAUCGAGAACUUGCGAAGGAAAUUUGUAACUUACUGCGAGAACCCAUAGAUAAAAUGGGCGGUAUGAUGGGAAUGACAGAUGUCUUCUGCCGGAUCAACAGAGCCAGGGGUUUAGAAUUAUUAUCACCAGAAGAUACUUUAAAUGCCUGUAAGGCUAUGGAAACUUUGAAUUUGCCAUUGAAAUUGUAUCAGUUUGCUUCGGGCGUAAUGGUUUUACAGCUGAGUUCUUUGGACGACGAAAUUGUGACAGAUGCUACGGCGAAAUUGAUCGAAGAAAAGAAGUCUUUAACUUGUGAUGAAUUGGCAACACACUUGGGAAUAUCGAUUGUCUUAGCCAAAGAAAGAUUGCUAUCGGCGGAAAAAGUUGCUAAAUGUUGCAGAGAUGAUUCCAUUGAAGGAUUGAGAUUCUAUCCUAACCUUUUCUUAAUGAAUACAGAUUGAUGAGUUAAUCUAAUACCUAUGAUGAUAUUUCUUAUUUAUAAUUAUAACUACAGAUAGGUAAUAUUUUAAUUGUCCUAAAUAUAUUUAAUAACUUGUU